CUGCCCGGCCCUUGGGAACCACCCGGAAGGCCGAGCCCUGCCGCCCGCCGGCCCCACCUGGAGAGGAGCUUAAAGGCCGGCCGGGCAGCCCCGCAGGCGCAGCGCCGGCUCCCGCACCAUGCCCAAGGCCCGCAGCGUGCUCGUCCUGGCGGGGCUCCUGGCUCUCUGGGCAGAGCCGCCUCCAGCAUCCGCCCAGAAUGUCACCACAAAAGCCGGCGUGUGCCCGGACCCGGCGACGGAAGCGGUGAACUGCACGGUGGGGUGCCAGUCCGAUGGCGACUGCGAGAGCACCCUCAAGUGCUGCCCGGCAGUCUGCGGCAAGGCCUGCCAGAAGCCCGACGAGAAGCCUGGCACCUGCCCACCCGUCAGUCCGGGGAUUCCCAUGCUGGGCGUCUGCACAAACCAGUGCAAGACGGACUCCAACUGCUCUGGGAGCCAGAAGUGCUGCAGGAACGGCUGCGGCAAGGUCUCCUGCGUGACACCCCUCCACUGAGGCACAGCCGUCUCUUGCCAGCCUGGCCGCAGGGAAGCUGCUGCCCGACACGAGUCCCGCAUGCCCAAGCACCGGCCCCCGCGCCAUCCCCGCCGGCCCGGCCGCGGUCCCGGCUCAGAGCCUUCAGCCUCAGCUUCCUCCCCGGGGUCCCCUGCUCGGGGCGCGCCGCAGCCCCCUGCACUCUCACCAAUAAAGCAGCUUCUC